AAGUCCUGGGCCUGGUAGAGAACCAGAGUGACUGGUACCUUGGAAACCUGUGGAAAAAUCACCGCCCGUGGCCGGCCCUCGGCAGGGGCUACAACACAGGGGUGAUCCUGCUGCUUCUGGACAAGCUGCGGAAGAUGAAGUGGGAGCAGAUGUGGAGGCUGACCGCGGAGAGGGAGCUCAUGGGCAUGCUCUCUACGUCCUUAGCCGACCAGGAUAUUUUCAAUGCCGUCAUCAAACAAAACCCCUUCCUUGUGUACCAGCUCCCCUGCUUUUGGAACGUGCAGCUGUCGGACCACACCCGCUCGGAGCAGUGCUACAGAGACGUGUCUGAUCUAAAGGUCAUUCACUGGAACUCCCCCAAGAAGCUUCGGGUGAAGAAUAAGCACGUGGAAUUUUUCCGCAACCUGUACCUGACCUUCCUGGAGUACGACGGGAACCUCCUGAGGCGGGAACUGUUUGGCUGCCCCAGUGAAGCCGAUGUCAACAGCGAGAACCUCCAGAAGCAGCUGUCGGAGCUGGACGAGGACGACUUGUGCUACGAGUUCCGGCGAGAGCGCUUCACCGUCCACCGCACCCACCUGUACUUCCUGCACUACGAGUACGAGCCCACGGCAGACAACACGGAUGUCACCCUGGUCGCCCAGCUCUCCAUGGACAGGCUCCAGAUGCUGGAGGCCAUCUGCAAGCACUGGGAGGGGCCCAUCAGCCUGGCCCUCUACCUGUCGGACGCGGAGGCCCAGCAGUUCCUCCGCUACGCACAGGGCUCCGAGGUGCUCAUGAGCCGCCACAACGUGGGCUACCACAUCGUGUACAAGGAGGGCCAGUUCUACCCCGUGAACCUGCUGCGCAACGUGGCCAUGAAGCACAUCAGCACCCCCUACAUGUUCCUGUCCGACAUCGACUUCCUGCCCAUGUACGGGCUCUAUGAGUACCUCAGGAAGUCUGUCAUCCAGCUCGACCUCGCCAACACCAAGAAAGCGAUGAUCGUCCCCGCGUUCGAGACGCUGCGCUACCGGCUCUCAUUCCCCAAGUCGAAAGCGGAGUUGCUGUCGAUGCUGGACAUGGGUACCCUCUUCACGUUCAGGUACCACGUCUGGACGAAAGGUCAUGCACCCACAAACUUCGCCAAGUGGCGGACUGCCACCACGCCUUACCGGGUCGAAUGGGAGGCUGAUUUCGAGCCAUAUGUCGUUGUGAGACGUGACUGCCCUGAGUAUGACCGGAGGUUUGUGGGCUUUGGCUGGAACAAGGUGGCUCAUAUCAUGGAACUGGAUGCGCAGGAAUACGAGUUCACUGUGCUGCCCAACGCCUACAUGAUCCACAUGCCUCACGCCCCCAGCUUCGACAUCACCAAGUUCCGUUCCAACAAGCAAUACCGCAUCUGUCUCAAAACCCUGAAGGAGGAGUUUCAGCAGGACAUGUCCCGCCGCUAUGGCUUUGCUGCCCUGAAAUAUCUCACGGCCGAGAACAACAGCUAGCACCAAGGAGCCCACCACUAGGACAUGCUACAGGGGAAGAGCCACUCGCUGUUUGGGGCCCAGCCUUCAGAUUCAAAAUCGAGCAAUGCUUUUUGGUUUGUUUUCAUUUGUCUCUUUGGCCCAACAAAGCUGCCCUCACAACGGAGACCUUGGACAAGGAUCCAGCCAGCCUCUCUCUGCCCCUACCCAGCAUCCCCAAAGGGUGGAGAAACAGCCCACCUCUACAAGUCUCUUCAAGAAAGGGGACAUGGCGGGAUGAGAGGAAGUACAGGCAUUAUCCCCUUACCACAAAGCCACAAAACCAAGGCAGGGCUUUCGGGUGUUCCUGUUGCUUUUUAAUAAUUAUGUUUCUCAUUGCCAGGAAGGAAGGAGAGUCAGGGUGUUGGAAGUUAGUCAUCCCAGGAAAUAAAAGCAAAACUGUCUCUUCCUUUAGAGGCAUCUUUCUCUCUUGCCCUGCAGUCUAGCUGGGUAUCCAAAGGUGGAGGGCAAAUCAGUGAUCUGAACCAACCAGUUGGAAAAAUCCAACAGAGACACUGUAUCUGGUGGGUCCUAGAGGUGGGGUUGAUUGGUUCCUUAUCCCCAAA